GUUUUCUACUAGCACCUAGACCAGAUCAGACCUACCUACCAGUUAGCCUAUGCACUAUGCACUUGGGCAAAAAAUUUCCUUCGAGAGUAAAAUCACCGUUCAAAUGGUAUGACCAUUAGGUGAUUUUUUUUUUUGUGGAAGAGCAAAUGCGAUAUAGUUGAGAUAGUCGGCCGUAAUCUGAAUGACCGCUUUUUUUCUCUUUUUUUAGAAGUGAUAUUAUUACCUUGUCAUCAUCAUUGGUAAUGAAAUGGCGUUAUCAAGCGAGAAACUCUUGCUAUCUUGUAAAAUAACGACAGGCUCAACAAAUAAAAAAGACAUUUUAAUGGCGAUAAAUUUGCGGCAGCAGAUGUGAAGGUUACAUGAAUUGCGGCCAGUGGGGAAAGUUAACGCCUGUCAUGCGUGUAAUAUGAAUAACUACAUUAGAAAACUGCAAUACACAAAUCUAAAAUAAUUUCCCCACUGAAUUUCUUUCUUUCUACCGCCUUUAGAUUCUCCAAGUUGAGAUAUUAAUUAUUGGAAGAGUUUGAGUGAAGCAAAAAAACACCAGAUAACAGUUGCUAAAAAUAUUAUCUACUCACUUGUGCUCGGAUUAGAAUGCUUCCUCGGAAGCCGGCAAAUUCGUAGUUUAGUUUUCAGAAUUUCGUGGGUUUUUUUUUUUGUUAUUGUUGUUGUUGUUGUAAAGCAAUUUUGUUCAUGCCUAUUGUUAUAGAAUUAUGUGAUAGAAUUUUACAAGUGAAGUGAUAUCUGAAAUUGAAAUUUGAAAAAAUCUUCGUUUAUUGCUCCUAUAUAUACAAACGAAUAACUGAAACUCGAUGAAAUGUACGCCAAAUUAAAAAUUCCCAUGCUGCAAAUUUUAAUAUGCGUUGUUAUCGCUGCAGCUGAAGAAAAGGUCCAAAAUAUAUAUAAUUAUGAACCAACACCAAUACCGAUGCCAUCUUUAUACAACGGAUAUCGAAUAAACCCGAUGGCCAGAGCUACACCUACUUCGGCUUUAGAUCAGAAAUUUCAUCCCUUGACGGAAUUAUUCCCAGAUUCGCAAAUAUAUUAUUAUCGUAUGCCAGUUGUUACACCUUACGUGUACGUUUCAGAAUUUGGUAAUUAUGUAGAUAACUCUCAACCUUUUUUAUCUUUUGCACCAUCUUCGAUACCUAUCCAAUUGCCGGUAUCUUUCUUGGCUAACGGAAAACCUACCCGAAUUCAUACUUUCGCUUCUGAUCCUAAGCCUAAACCGGAAGUAAAACCAGUUGAAAAUCAAAAUUCCAAUAUAUUUAAUUUAAAUAAAGGUCCGUAUUUUUUAAACGGUAAACCUAGCGAUCUUUACUUAUUACAAGAUACUUUCAAUCCGUUUAACGGUAAUCCAUUGAAUUCAUUUUAUCCUUGAAUCUGAAAUCUGGAUGCCUAAAAUAUUGAAUGCAUGUUUUGUGGUCUUUCUUAAUUACAUACCUACAUAUUUUCUAGAAUUGUUGAUUUUUUCUCCCUUAUUAAUUGUUAUUGUUUUUUUCCUUUAUUUAUUUGUUUAAUUUAUUUGGUUGUUUAUUUAUUUAUUUAUUUACAUAAUUCAUCUAUUUAUUUUCAUUUACCUCCCUGCAGAUUUUCAUCUAAAUUCAAAUUUAAAAAAAAAACUAAGUACAGCGUUUUUUUUUGUUAAAUUUUGCAACGUACAUUUUACAUUCAAAAAUUGAAAUUUUUUCACAAUUUGGAAAUUUUCAUUUAACCACCUACUAAAGUAGGUACCUAGUUUCAUUCCAGAUAUUUUUCUAAUCACAUAUGUACAUAUGUAGUACCUACCCCAUAUUGAAUAAUUUGCCUGCGUUGAAGUCUAGUGAAUGGUGUAUUUUCUAUUCGAAUGAGUGAAAUUCUUAAACUCGCUGGUCAAUUUUUCUGGCACUUCAAAAUUUUUCAACUGCUUUCUGUUCCUCGACAACUUCUUUGAUAUAAUUGUAUGUAGGUACUCAUAUAAGUAUAAUUCUUAUCCACUUAUUCCUUUGAUGCUAUAAAAUAAUUUAUGAAAAAUUUAAAGAGUA